CAGUGACGCACGCCAAGAAUGAGGUGCGGACGAGGUCCCUCCGCUGAUACUGCGAGGGAAAAUACAACAGUGACAAGAAAAAUGGCCAUAAUGACCUGAGUAGAAAGAAACAGUGCUUGCAAAGACCAAGGAGCGCCGCGAUGGAGGAGGCGUUCAAGACCGUCCUGUCGGAGGCGAAAAGGUGGAUGAGUCUUUGGAAGAAGAAACUCCGAAUAGGCGCAAGAAUGUCGUCAAAAACCAGAAGUGCUCCAUCACAACGACCGCAACUUGCGUUGUACCAGACUGUUUCCGGCGCAUUCUACUUUCUACAACAUGCACUAGUACUCCUAGCUUCUGUGCAGCAAGUCUCCGGGAAUGACCCCAAUUGUUGGAUGGGCCAUCGACGAUUGAGCUACAACUUCUGCUGCCUACAAGGUGGCCCAAAUGGCAACCGCGCUUGUUGGGAUGGGUUGUUUAACUACAACCGCUGUUGCAACACCUUCAUGGAGGAUAUGUUAUGGUCAGCUUUUUUUCUAUCUUUCUCGGCAUCUUUGUCCCCUUUUGCCUUGUACUCUCAUGAAAUGCGAGGUAAAAGGGACCCCAAGAUGAGGGGGACCAAGAUGGAUUAAAGCUGAGGCUAAAUAUGGACGACCUCCCCGCCACUCCGCAUGAACUAUCAGAGCGCCAACGACUGAAACUACUCAACAUCACUCGUGGCGGGUACAAGAACUUGAGUCAACGCGACCGUGAUGCUUUGUCGGUGCAUCAUCAAAGGGAAGUAGGGGAGAAAAAGCUAGAGGAAGAACUCUCGUUGGCGUGUGCGAGUACGAUGUAUCAGCAGUUCAAAUUUGAAGCUAGCAACUACUACAACAGGAACCAAACGCAUUGGACAUUGUUAUUAAGGCUGUACCUAAUAAGUACAUCUUUGGACGUAUCCUUGACCUUGAAACGUGUGGAGGACGAGUAUCUAUCCUGAGGGAAUACUUACUCCCUCAUACUUUUCAAGGAUGCAGCACUUGAAAGAUAAAGUACGGAGGACAGCUCUAAUGUUACAGACGCAGACAUAUAUUAUGGGUAGUUUUCAGCACGUCGCCAAGGUCUGUGCUCCCGCUGCCAUACAAGCUCUCCUCCUCAAAAUGGAGCUCAUCCAUUUUCGCACGGACGGCAAGUUCGAAGAUGCCUACCGCGUCUAUACGGAACAGUUCAUGAAAGCAGUCGCAUUGGGUCGAAUUGAGCAAUCCCACUACAACAAUGGUUGGCCAUUGCGAGUCGGUUUAAAGCGUGUGAUGGAUUUGAGGUACACGCAACGCGUUUUGCCUGACGCUCUAGACGUGGUGGUUUGCUACUGCCAGGAGGAUUUGGACUGGCUGUCGGUGUUUUGGAAAUUACCCUUUAGUCCCGAAGACGAUCACUCGGACAUCGUGAAAAAUUUCGUGAAUUUGCGGAUUUUGCACAAGUGUCCACAAUAUGGCGAGGACCAGGAACGGGCAAGACUCGUCAACCGAUGGCAGGGCUAUUUCCGUGAAUUCACUGUCGACUUCAUCACUGACUACUUACGAGCAGACGACUGCAGCGCUUAUUUGGGGUAUAUUUUGCUCUACUACGACCGUUUGCCGAAGCACACAAUAUUUCUGCAUGCGGAUGUUGGGGAACACAUUCCUCAUUUGAACAUGGUCACGGAUCUAAUGCUUGCUGCAAGUCAAGGCUUCACGAACAACCUGCAUUUCGCGCAUUUGGCACACAACUACGUGAAAUUAGGCGAAGGGGCGCAAGAGAUGAAGAAGCAAUGCCAAGAGAAACAAGCGCAGGAGGUGGAACACCAGUUGGCGCCAAGUGGUGGGGUGUCGACGAAAAGUGCAGCUGCGAGCUCAACUAGAACUAUUGCCUCUGGAGGAUCAUUUCCUGAUGAUGAAUCAGCAUUCUUUGAGGGAUCAUACAUGGCAGGCACACCUUCGUCACAGGUGGGUUCUGGAGGCAAAACCGCUGUAGCGCCACGUAGGAUCAGACCAAGGAGGUUUCAAAGGCGGAGGUCUGUUGAGAUGCAUGAAAAACCCAUGACUCAGAGAAACGCGAAGAGGAGCAAGAGAAAAGCCACUGCCAGUCCAUCAGUACUCAGGGGCGUAGAUAGUAGCCGGAUUCCACGAGUGUAUCCACCAGCAGAAAGACAGACCUCUUCUAGCGGAAAUAUCGAGUCUUCGAGCUCGAGAAGGAAAAAGGAGAAGAAGGAGUAUCUCUCGAGCUCUGAACUCGGUUCGCAGAAGAUUCAAGAGAUGAGUAUAUUCAGCAGGUUUUGUCGCAAAGAAACCGGUCCGAAUAGCGACGUGAUUUUAUGGACAAGAAAUUUGUUGCUUGUCUUUGUUUUUGACUCUACUAGAACUAGUGUAUGGUCGUGUCUACGUUGGAGUUCAUGACAGGACUACUGAGUCCACCCACUACGUACUAGUGUAUGGUGUCUACGUUGGUUCAUCAGAGGACUGAGUGGAGUUACAAUACUUUCUGUCUAAUCUGGGCUGACGACUACGAAUGGCCUCGCUUGUGGAAAAACGUUUUCCAAAGCUCCGUCGCACCUUCACCAGUCAACAAUGAAGUGAAUGCGUAUUGCUGUGUGCAAUUCGUAGUUUCGCGAGACCGCAUCAAACUACGCCCGAAAAGCUUCUACGAGCACGCUUUUGAGCAUUUGCGUUCGGAGGAUUCCUACUUAGACCUGUUCCCUAGCAAAAGGUAUGUCCGCAACAUCGACGUCCGUGGACGAACCCCCUGUCAGUUACAUAUGUAUUUUUGGCACGCUUAUUUCGGAGUCGAGUUGAGCAUGGAAAGGAGGCAAUACGACCCACAGGUGCCGUAUUUUUUGAAGGCGACUAAUCUCGAGCGCGAGAUCUAUGAUGAAUCGAUAGAAGCUGGACUAGGCCAAAUGGACGGCGUAUUGAUGAACAUGAUGCACAUGGCGAGUGCCUCGAAUCCUACAGCAGAAAAGAGGAUAUAUUGGGAAUCGCAAGUGCACAAUUGGUAGGAGGCGAAGACAGUCUUGCAGCUCGAGCUUCAAAUAUUGAUAACUGCAAUUGCGCCACGGCAGAUGUACUGGAUAGAGUUUGUCCUUCUUGGCAUUCAGUUUGGUUGUAUGCCGAAAAU